AUACUAACUCGGACCGUUGUGUCAAAUAAGGAGAGACCCAGACUUGGAAAGAGGAAGAGAGGUAUGGUUACCUUGGGAGGUGAUGUUACCGCAAGUGGCUGCCGCCCUAUAAACCUAGGGUUUGGGGCGCCCUAGGGUUUCUCUUGCUCUCAGAGAGGUGGGUUGGUGUCUCGGUAUCUCCUCCCCCUCUUUCCGGUGUCCGUCCUUUUCCUAGGGUUAGGGUUUCUGCUCUUUCUUCCAAAACCCCCUUCUCCGAUGACUACUGACGUCGAAUACCGCUGCUUCGUCGGCGGGCUCUCCUGGGUCACGGACGACACCUCCCUCGAGAGGGCCUUCAGCCAAUUCGGCGAGGUCCUCGAAUCCAAGAUCAUCAACGAUCGGGAGACGGGGAGGUCGAGGGGCUUCGGAUUCGUGACCUUCAGCAACGAGCAGUCGAUGAGGGACGCCAUCGAGGGGAUGAACGGGCAGACGCUGGACGGGAGGAGCAUCACCGUCAAUGAGGCCCGGUCUCGGGGUAGCGGCGGCGGCGGCGGCGGGUUCCGCAGCGGCGAAGGGUAUGGCGGAGGACGCCGCGAGGGCGGUGGCGGUUACAGCCGCGAGGGCGGUGGCGGUUACAACCGCAGUGGUGGCGGCGGCUACGGCCGUGACCGUGGGUUCGGCGGUGGUGGGUCCCGCUACCCGAGGGGCGGCGGCGCGCCGGACGGGUACUGGCGGAACUGAGGCGUGUUCGCCGGCCGCGGCCGGCCGCGGUUCGAGAGGGCCGGGCAUAAGGAGACGGUGUCUCUCGUGCUAUCUAUCUGUUUGCGGGGUGUGCGGUUUUAUUAUUUUUGGUUUAAUCUUGUCUUCCGUUUAGGGUUCCGUUCCGUUUGGUUGAGAGAGAGAGAGAGAGAGAGAGGUGUUUGAUGCUUUAAAAAAAUUAAAAAUGAAAAAAAGAGAGUUAGGGAUAGUGUUUGUGUGGAUAGGGUUGAUGUGGUUUCCAUGCCUUUCAUGUUAAUAGGUGCUUUACGUUCUGGACUAAUGGAAGGACGUUGGUUGAUGGUUGUAAAACUUCACAUAGCAUGCAGGAUUACCAAUGGAACCUAGUGUUAUCUUGUGCUUUCGAGAUGAACGUUCUUGCUCUAUAAGCCACCUCUA